GCCCGGUCUUCCAUAGCCUCUAAGUUCUCUGAGGGAGUCCUAGCGUGCGGCUUCUACCUCCCGAUUGCUUUUGUGGCCUAGCUGCGAGGCCGAGCCGUGGCGGGCGGGAUGAGCGCCGUGCGGAUGCUGAGGGUGCCGGGCCGCCACGGCUACGCCGUCGAGUUCUCCCCGUACCUUCCGGGCCGCCUGGCCUGCGCCACGGCGCAGCACUACGGCAUCGUGGGCUGUGGAACUCUACUAAUAUUGGAUCAAAAUGAAUCUGGGCUCCAGAUUUUUAGAAGCUUUGACUGGAAUGAUGGUUUGUUUGACGUGACCUGGAGUGAAAAUAAUGAACACAUCCUUGUCACCUGCAGUGGCGAUGGCUUACUGCAGCUCUGGGACACUGCCAGAGCCACAGGGCCCCUACACGUCUACAAAGAACACACUCAGGAGGUAUAUAGUGUUGAUUGGAGUCAAACCAGAGGUGAACAGCUUGUGGUGUCUGGCUCAUGGGAUCAGACUGUCAAAGUGUGGGAUCCAACUGUUGGAAAUUCUCUGUGCACCUUUAGAGGCCAUGAAAGUGUCAUUUAUAGCACAAUCUGGUCUCCCCACAUCCCUGGUUGUUUUGCUUCAGCCUCAGGCGACCAGACUCUGAGAAUUUGGGAUGUGAAGACCACAGGAGUCAGAAUUGUGAUUCCCGCACAUCAGACAGAAAUCCUAAGCUGUGACUGGUGUAAAUAUGAUGAGAACUUGGUGGUGACAGGAGCAGUAGAUUGUAGUUUGAGAGGCUGGGAUUUAAGGAAUGUCCGGCAACCUGUCUUUGAACUUCUUGGUCACACCUAUGCUAUUAGGAGGGUAAAAUUUUCACCAUUUCAUGCUUCCGUGAUGGCCUCUUGUUCCUAUGAUUUUACUGUAAGAUUCUGGAAUUUUUCAAAGCCUGACCCUCUUCUUGAAACAGUAGAACAUCACACAGAGUUCACUUGUGGCCUGGAUUUAAGUCUACAGAGCCCCACUCAGGUAGCUGACUGUUCCUGGGAUGAGACGAUAAAGAUAUAUGAUCCUGCUUCUCUUGCAAUUCCUGGUUAAGAUGCCUGCUCUGUUCAGAAACAAGGAUUUUGACUGAUGAGCCACUUAACAGCAAAAAAAUUUACUAUUCAAAGCUUAGACGUUAGGCUUUUAUAUGCUAUUUAGAUUUCAAAAAUUCCAAAGGUACUUUGAAAUUAGUUUUAAGGCAGCUGAUCAAGACUUUGAAUCAUAUCAUAAGCCUGGUCCAUAAGCCAUAUUUCCUAAAAUCCUAAGGAAUAAUUGAUGUUAUGAUAUAUCAUAUAAAGUCUAUUAAAAUAUUUUCUAUGUAUUGUAAAAUGGACUAAAAUAUGGGAGGUCAGCAGUUUACAUGGAUAGUAAUAUAUUUCAUUUUUAAUUUGUCAUUUUGAUGUAAAAUAUAAUCACCACUAUUGAUAAAAAUAAAAAUUAACUGCAUUUCUUGA